AUCAGUUAGUAUCUGCAGCAGAGAUGUAAUGAAGUCCUCCAUCUGGCAGAGCUCUGCAGAUCCACUCACCAAACUCUUCAAUCUCUGAGGAAAAGCAGGACUGAGUCCGUCAGCGUUUGCUAGCAGAGAUGGAGACGUCUGUGAAGCAGCUGCUGAAGGAAAACGCUUCAAAUCAGAAAGAUCCAAAACCUUCAGCAGAGAGAACAGCUUCCAACAUUCGGCCUGAGUUUGUGAAGAGGCUGUCUUUAGAAAACCUCAAGCAGCUCUUAGAUUACCUGGAAAGAGAUAAAGUUUUUAAUGUUAGUGAAAGAAAGGCUAUUCUUGAGGGGAACCAAGUCACAGCAGAUAAGGCCCGUGACCUCAUUGAUUAUGUGAUAAGUAAAGGAGAUGAAGCCUGCCAGAGGAUGCUAGCCCAUGUUAAAACCAUAGAUCCUUAUCUCUACACCCAGCUGCUUUCUUCUUCUGAUCGAUCUGCUCUGGAAGGGGAUUUUCAGGAGUGUCAACAUGAACUAAAAUCUGCCCUGAAGAUAAAGUUCCAGUGUUUGUUCGAGGAGAUUGCUGAAGCAGGAAACCCAACCCUUCUGAACCAGAUCUACACAGAGCUCUACAUCACAGAGGGAGGGACUGCAGAGGUCAAUGAUGAACAUGAGGUCAGACAGAUUGAAACAGCAUCCAGGAAACCACACAGACCAGAAACAAGCAUCAGACAAGAAGACAUCUUUAAACUCCCACCUGGAAGAGAUGAACCAAUCAGAACAGUGAUGACAAAGGGAGUGGCUGGCAUUGGGAAAACGGUCUUAACACAGAGGUUCACUCUGGACUGGGCUGAAGACAAAGCCCACCAGGACAUCCAGUUGACAUUUCCACUGACUUUCAGAGAGCUGAAUGUGCUGAAAGAGAAAAAGUUCAGCUUGGUGGAACUUGUUCAUCACUUCUUUACUGAAACCAAAGAAGCAGGAAUCUGCAGCUUUGAAGAGUUCCAGGUUGUCUUCAUCUUGGACGGUCUGGAUGAGAGUCGACUUCCUCUAGACUUUAAAAAAACUAAAGUCCUAACUGACCCUUGGAAGUCCACCUCAGUGGAUGUGCUGCUGACUAACCUCAUCAGGGGGAAACUGCUUCCCUCUGCUCGCCUCUGGAUAACCACACGACCUGCAGCAGCCAAUCAGAUCCCUCCUGACUGUGUUGGCAUGGUGACAGAGGUCAGAGGGUUCACUGACCCACAGAAGGAGGAGUACUUCAGGAAGAGGUUCAGAGAUGAGGAGCAGGCCAGCAGGAUCAUCUCCCACAUGAAGACAUCACGAAGCCUCCACAUCAUGUGCCACAUCCCAGUCUUCUGCUGGAUCACUGCUACAGUUCUGGAGGAUGUGCUGGAAACCAGAGAGGGAGGAGAGCUGCCCAAGACCCUGACUGAGAUGUACAUCCACUUCCUGGUGGUCCAGACAAAAGUCAAGAAGGUCAAGUAUGAUGGAGGAGCUGAGACAGAUCCACACUGGAGUCCAAAGAGCAGAAAGAUGAUUAAGUCUCUGGGAAAACUGGCUUUUGAUCAGCUGCAGAAAGGAAACCUGAUCUUCUAUGAAUCAGACCUGACAGAGUGUGGCAUCGAUAUCACAGCAGCCUCAGUUUACUCAGGAGUGUUCACACAGAUCUUUAAAGAGGAGAGAGGACUGUACCAGGAGAAGGUGUUCAGCUUUGUCCAUCUGAGUGUUCAAGAGUUUCUGGCUGCUCUUCAUGUCCGUCUGACCUUCAUCAAGUCUGGAGUCAACCUGAUGGAAAAACAAAAAUCAUACUUCUGGUUGUUCACAUUUUUUAGGAAAUCAGAUCUAAAACAUCUCCAUCAGAGAGCUGUGGAUGAGGCCUUACAGAGUCCAAAUGGUCGCCUGGACUUGUUCCUUCGCUUCUUCCUGGGUCUUUCACUGCAGACCAAUCAGAGUCUCCUACGAGGCCUGAUGACACAGACAGGAAGGAGCUCUCAGACCAAUCAGGAAACAGUCCAGUACAUCAAGAAGAGGAUGAGUAGAAAAGUGUCUGCAGAGAGAAGCAUCAAUCUGUUCCACUGUCUGAAUGAACUGAAUGAUUGUUCUCUAGUGGAGGAGAUCCAACAGUUCCUGAGAUCAGGACGUCUCUCCACAGAUGAACUGUCUCCUGCUCAGUGGUCAGCUCUGGUCUUCAUCUUACUGUCAUCAGAAGAAGAUCUGGAGGUGUUUGACCUGCAGAAAUACUCUCCUUCAGAGGAGGUUCUUCUGAGGCUGCUGCCAGUGGUCAAAGCCUCCAACAAAGCUCUACUGAGCAGCUGUUCCCUCUCAGAAAAAGGAUGUUCAGCUCUGUCCUCAGCUCUCAGCUCUCCGUCCUCCAGACUGAAGGAACUGGACCUGAGAAGCAAGGACUCAGGAGUAAAGAAGCUGUGUGAUGGACUGCAGAGUCCAGACUGCAAACUGGAAACUCUCAGGCUGAGUGCGUGUGGUCUCUCGGAGAGGAACUGUGGACCUCUGUCCUCCGUUCUGAGUUCCCAGUCCUCCAGUCUGCCAGAACUGGACUUGAGUUACAGCGACCUGCAGGACUCAGGACUGAAGGAGCUGUGUGAUGGACUGAAGAGUCCAAACUGCAAACUGGAAACUCUCAGGCUGAGUGCGUGUGGUCUCUCAGAGACAAGCUGUGGACCUCUGUCCUCAGUCCUCAGCUCCCAGUCCUCCAGUCUGACAGAACUGGACCUGAGUAACAACGACCUGCAGGACUCAGGACUGAAGAAGCUGUGUGGUGGACUGAAGAGUCCAGACUGCAAACUGGAAACUCUCAGCCUGUCAGGAUGUCUGAUCACAGAGGAAGGCUGUGCUUCUCUGGCCUCAGCUCUGACCUCCAACCCCUCCCAUCUGAGAGAGCUGGACCUGAGAUACAACCAUCCAGGAGACUCAGGAGUGAAGCUGCUGAUGGCUGCACUGAAGGAUCCACACAGACUCAGGGUGGAGCCUGCUGGAGAACCAUGGUUGAGGCCAGGAGGUGUGAGGAAGUAUUCCUGUCCACUCACCAUCCACAUGAACACAGUGAACAGAAACCUCAAACUGUCUGACAACAACAGGAAGGUGACACAUGUGGAGGAGCGUCAGUCAUAUCCUGGUCAUCCAGACAGAUUUAACUUGUGUCCUCAGCUGCUGUGUGAAAAUGUUCUGACUGGUCGCUGCUACUGGGAGGUCGAGUGGGGAGGAGACGUUUUAAUAUCAGUGAGUUACAGAGAAAUCAGAAGGAGAGGAGACAACAGAGACUGCUGGUUUGGAUUCAAUGAUCAGUCUUGGAGUCUGAGCUGCUCAGAUGAUAAAGGUUACUCUGUCUGGCACAAUGACAGAGGAACACCCAUCUCCUCCUCCUCCUCCUCCUCUGUCUCUAACAGAGUAGCAGUGUAUGUGGACUGUCCUGCUGGCUCUCUGUCCUUCUACAGAGUCUCCUCUGACUCACUGAUCCACCUCCACACCUUCAUCACCACUUUCACUCAUCCUCUCUAUGCUGGAUUUGGGUUCUGGUCCUCCGGUAUUCAGACCAGCGACUUCUACACAGGCAAUCCCAGUUGGCGAGCUGUGGGCCUAAUGGAACACAGCUGCCCUGAGUACUGGCGCUUCCUCCUUCUUAAAGGCCGGGAGGCGACUUCCGCUGGGAUGGCGGACAGGGCGGACAGCUUCUGCUAA